CCCAUGAUGCCUCAUUCCUAAACACGUCCUUCACAUGGCAACGACUUUGUAAACAAUUCGGAGAAAUUUCUUAAUAUAUUACAACAUUUUAUGCAAUUUUGAUGUUUAAAGCGAAUUUAACGAUGAGGCCUCGUUAGGGUUAAGAAUGACGUAAGAACGGAGACCGCCAAAUGGUUGCCAAGGAAAAGAAAGAUCGCUAAAAAGAUGACUUUUUAGACUUAAAAAUAUCGAUUGAUCGGCAUAAAUUUAGUAAUAUAACAUUCAUAUCGUCGUCGUUGAUAAAAGAUGAAAGUGUUUAAGUGUGUAUAUAAUAGUUUACUUUCUCAUCGUCUACUUGACAAUGUCCAUUCUUGUUUUUCUGGUUGCAGAAAUGGUAGCGUCUAAUUUAAUUCUUUCAAUGCUUUUUUUCAUCACAGUUUUAUAAAAUUUCAAACUCGAAUUUCUCUUAUGAAGACCAAUUACAUGUGUAGUUCAGGAAUGAACUUAUACUCAGGGAUCCCAUCAACUUACAGUCAACCCAUCAGGAGGAGGAAUUAACAACUGUUCAGCAGCCCAUGGGGCAGUGUUGUCGAAAAAUAAGUGUGACAUCUGGGUAGAAGGUCACUGCUACAUGCCACAGUAGCGUGAGGAAAUGCUUUUGUGAUGAGAGAUUCAGACGACGAAUGUACGGCAACUUGUGGCGAUGCCAGAAUACCUACAAUUGCACAUUGUAGUCGUGUGGUCACAUCUGGGAGGAACACCCAAAGAGGACUUCUUGGACACCAAACAUUAGUGGACAAUGGGGAUAUUGAGAAGCAGUUCUGCUGUUCCGAACCAAGUUGUGGAAGAAGUUUUACAUCUAAAUUUAAAUUAAUGCGGCAUGCUCUCAUUCACACUGGAGAGCGAAGAUUCAAGUGUUCUGUAUGUGAGCGCUGUUUUCAUCGGAAGGACCACUUAAAAAAUCAUCUCCAAAUUCAUAAUCCUAAUAAAGCACUACACUCAUGCAACCAAUGUAGUAAAAAGUAUAGUUCUCUUUUAUCGUUCCGAAAACACUUGGCAUUCCAUGCUGCAGAAGCAGGAGAUCUGUCGUGUAAACUGUGCGGGAAAAUAUUUGCUGCACAGGAGGACAUAAUGUAUCAUCUGAAAGUACAUUCUGGAUCUAGGGCCUUAAAGGGGCCAAGUGAAAGAAAGUUUAAAUGUGACCAAUGUGACAGAUCUUUUUUUACUCGCAAAGAUGUUAAGCGCCAUAUGGUAGUUCACACAGGUGUCAGAAAUUUUUUAUGUCAAUUAUGUCCCCAGCGUUUUGGGCGAAAAGAUCAUCUAGUACGGCACAUCAAGAAAAGUCACGGUGCCCAUCAAGUUAUUUCUCAUCAAGGUAGUCCACUGAAAGUAGAAGCUACAACAGAGUCUAGGGGACCUUUAUGUCCUGAUAAUGGUGAUAAGUCAAGUCCUAUGUCAGCUCCUCUAUCUCUCCCAGAUGUGACUAGUAAUGUUCCACAAUCACCAUGUAGUUUGCCUCCAAUGUCUCUAAUGCAAGAUGCAAAUUAUGGAGCAAUGAAACAGGAAAGUUGUUUCACUACAUCGUCCGAUGGGCUGCUGUCAGGAGGAAAUUCUGGCUCAAUUGGCACCGACGAUAAUGAUGGGUUACUUAGGCUGGGAGAAAUAACACCAAGUCUUAUGCCUAUCUCCCAAUAUCUUCCACUUAAUACAUCCUUUAAUACCAGCCUACCUCAUUUGAUCCCCCCCAAUUGUUACCUUACCACCAUGCCAGGUUCUUCCAAUCUAUUGCCUGGCUUGGCUACUGAUGGAGUUCUACCAUCAAUUACUAGCAAUGCAAUUCCAUCCUUCUCCCCACCAGUGUCUUUAGACAUGGGGAAUCCUUCCCUACCUCAUUUUAGUCAGGCUUUUCAAUGAUGUUUACUAUUCUAGAGUCAAGGUCACAUCAUUCUUACUAUUUAUGACGUAAUUUGCUCAAUGAUAAAUACAAAAAAAAGCCUAAAAAUUUUAUAUAUAUACUUUGAAUGAAUAUAUUCAUAGAGAGAGAAUUCUUUUUUUAUCUCUGAUGGUAAUACCUAUUAUUCAUUUUAUUGGCCAAAUUAUUAUGACUUUUAGACAAUUAUACAGGUUAUUUAACUCAAGUUUUAACUAGUUUUACUAAUAAUCUUAAGUUUUAUUUCUAAUAGAAUUGAGAUGACUCUAUUUCAAAGUUUUGGGGGGACCAAUAUUAUAUAGAGUAGUAAUUGAUCAUUAUCAACUACCAAUAGUAAUUAAGUUAUUGAUUAUCCCAAAGGUUAUGCAAAAUUAUAGUCACAAAAUUAUAGACUAUAUUAAUACAUCUUUUCACUUUUAAGUCAUUGAUAAAUUUAGGAAUAAACUAAAUUUUUGUACUUAGAUCUGGCAAUUACUGGGAAAAAAAAAUUAUAUUGGAUCUGAUUGCUUAUUUACAGAUUGAUUAAUUUAAUAUAUAUUCUAUAAUUUUGCUAAUGAAUGCUUUCAAGUAAAUUAUAGAAUAGUUUAAAUUUUUAUUUAUUUAACAUGUAGCUGUUUAAAACUGAUUUAUACUGUACAAGCAAAGGUAAAAAUUUCUAUAUUUUUUAAUAAUAUAGUAAUAUGAUUAGUACUGUAAAUAUUUUUUUUCUUUAGUUAUAAUAAUGAAAAGUGUUUAAACUUUAAAAUACAAAAAAUACAUAUAUUGAAGAUACAAAAUUGUCUUCAUCUUCUUGUUCUGUCGUUUACAAUCAUUAGUAACAAUCCAAAAACAGUUUUCACUUACAGAGACAACAUUUUGUUUGAGCUGCACCUUCACAAAAAAUAUAAAAUGGAUAAAAGCAUCCUCUGGUGGCAAUGCCAAUACCAUAAUUCACAACAAUAGUUAAUUAAAAUUAAAAGAAAAUGACAAUUUUGUAUUUUCAAUAUAUUUUUUGUAUUUUAAUGUAAAUACUAUCAGCCAACUUUUACUUUUAAUGUUUAAACUUGAAUUAUUGCUUGAAGAUCUCCAAAUUUAAAAUUCCUUAACUCAUGCUGACUAAGGAAUAGUUAUAAGAAAUUAUGAAGAAAUUUUAUAUCUUUGUUAUAAAAUUUUGUUCUAAAUCUAUUGCAGAAUUUUUUUCUAAUUAAUGUAAUGAUUGUUACAUCAAGCAUUUUUUUUUCUCCCUAUUCCUUGAUUUUUAGCUAAAUAAGUUUCUUAAUAGAUAAAUAUAUAUAUAUUGUCUAAAGCUGCCAAUUAUUUUGAUCUGUUUCAUUGUUUGAAAAAUUUGUUUCUUUAAAAAAUAUGUUUAAAUCUAGUUGCCAACUUUAUAAUAGAUCUAUGAAAUUAAAUUUAGAUUAUUUUCAUUACCAUAUAGAAUUUAUAUAAUUGUUAUUGCUGUUUAUGUUCAGUUAGCUAUUAAUACUUAAAAUGUCAAUAAGAUAAAUAAGAAAUAUUUUAAAGUUUUGUUUUCAUAAGUAAUUUCCUCAUUAUUGAUCUAUGAAAAUUUUACUAAUUAUUAAUUUUUUUUGUUUAUGAAAUAUAAUUUAAUUUAGAUAAAUCCUAUUAAUUGUAAAUUCUUAGAUAGUUAUUUUUACUCAAAAAUAUAAAAUGUAAGAUUUUCCUAUAAACUUUCAUUCCGUAAA